GUUGACUUUAACGCUAUCAUGAAUUUAAAUUAUCACACAGCUUGUUGUUUUAUCCUCACAAUUUACCUGACUUCAAUCGUCUCUUGCCAAUAUUUGUACAACUUGGCAGGCCGUCAUCGUCGUCGUAAUCAAGGCUCAAGAAGGAGAGCUACAAUCAGUGAGGGUCGAGUUAGGUUGGUCGGUGGAUCAAGUCAACAUGAAGGUAAUGUUGAAAUUUAUCAUCUUGGUCGGUGGGGAUCAAUUUGUGACGAUGAAUGGGAUGAGAAAGAGGCUUCAGUAAUUUGUACGAGUCUCGGUUACUCUAAACAUGCCGCCAUUCCAACCAGCAACUCACAAUUUGGCAAAGGACGAAGUAAGUAUAAUUAGCCAUUUUAAGAUUAGAGUUUUAAUGAAACUAAAACCGUCACUUAUCUUAAUAUAGAGUUAAUAUGGAUGGACAAUUUAUACUGUAAUGGAAACGAAACUAGAAUAGAUCAAUGUCAGUUUGAUGGCUGGAAAAUCCAUGAUUGUGUGACCAUUGAAGCCGCUGGUGUGAUCUGCAAGACAAAGGAACAUGUUAAACAUCAAUAUUCCCAAUUAUCCCGUCCAAACCAACUUGAAACCGUAGAUUCUCGUCAUUCUGAGUUAGUUAAACAUAAAUUUCAGGCUCAUCAAAUAAGUGACAUACGUCUUAAAGGAGGAAGAACGGAUCAAGAAGGGCGAGUUGAAGUGUUAUUAGUAAAUGAUAGACUUACUUGGUACACUGUUUGUGGUAAUGGUUGGUCUUUAUUGGAAGCAAUGGUUGUUUGUCGCUCUUUGGGUCUUGGUUAUGGCCAGUUUGCUUCAAUUGGAGAGUUUACCAGUAAUCAAAGUUUACCAAUUUUCCCAUCCGUUAAUUGUAAAGGUUAUGAAAAAAGUCUUGAUCAAUGUAAAGUCCGAGACAAAUAUGUUCCCGCAACAUGUGACCAAUCAAAUAAAAACAUUGCUGGUGUCAUGUGUACAAAGGAAUUACCUGAUCUGGCUCCAGAUGAGAAAGAGUUUGGUUCAUCAGUGUAUCUAGAAGAUCGUCCUUUGGCCUUAUUACAAUGUGCAUUAGAGGAAAACUGUUUGUCAAGUGAUGCUUACGCUAUUGAUCGUAGAGGCUCUGAAUGGCUUUUCCAAACUCGAAGGUUACUAAGGUUUACUGCAAGAAUUGGUAACAUUGGAACUGCUGAUUUUAUCCCGUUUUUACCCAAACAAGAAUGGGAAUGGCACUCAUGCCAUCGACAUUACCACAGUAUGGAAGUGUUUGCCCAUUUUGAUUUACUGGACCUGAAUGGCAAACGAAUUGCAGAAGGACAUAAAGCAAGUUUCUGUCUUGAAGACAACAAUUGUUCACCAGGAUCAACAAUUAAAUAUUCCUGUAAAAAUAUGGGAACCCAGGGAAUCUCAGUUGGCUGUGUAGACACCUAUUUAUCUAACAUUGAUUGUCAGUGGAUUGAUAUAACUCAUCUCAAUCCUGGCUUAUACCAACUUAAGCUUUCAAUCAAUCCGGAAUUCAAAGUCUCUGAACUAUCUUUUGACAACAACGCAGCAUUGUGUUAUCUGUAUUACGACUCAUCAUCAACUAAAGUCUGGAACUGUACAUUAACAAGACCCUGAUAAAGUUAAGAAAGAGUGAAAUUUAUCCUCAUUUUAAUUACUUGAGACAUUUUUUGUCUUUAAUUGUUCCAAUGUUAUCAAUUCUGGCAGUUAACCUAGAUAUUAAGCGACCAUCUUAAUAAUAAAUUAACGUAUUAUAUAAAUUAAACUUGAAACAAUAAAGUCUUGCGACAAAUUGUGACGCUUUAAA